GGCUCCCUCUCGUGACUAACGCUAGACGUUAAAAAUAAUGCGCAUGCGCGGAGAAGAUGCGUCUCGUUUGUGUUUUUUGUUGCACAUAGGCAGGUGAAACCCAACACACGAGUAUGAAAGAACAGAGAAGUGCUGAUCCUAAUGGGGAUUCUCCCAUACUGCAGGAGGGUGUUGUUGCAACAGCAGAUGACCCAAUGGCUAUCGCAACCAUUCAGCCAGGAGCCACAUUCUCGGCAGAUCAGCAAAUCAAGUAUCUGUUCAAAACAGAAGGAACAGGAGGGCAGGUAACAUACCGGGUGAUUCAUUUGGCUGAUGGACAGGUAGAAGAACAGGCAGAUGGGGCUGCGGCAGUCAGUGUGGUGACUGGGUUUCCCACAGCAACACACGCUAUAACCCAACCUGUAACCCAGUCUGAUAGUCUGGAAGGAGAAGCAUCUGAAACUCAGUACUACUAUCCCGCUACCAUCGCUGAUGCAGCUGCUGGAACCAUGGUAACCAAUGUCCAUACAGCAGAUUCAAUAAUUUCUCAACCCACCCCUACAGGUCAACUUUAUGUAAUGAUGUCACCUCAGGAUGUUCUAGCCACAACUCAACAGAGUAAGCCAGGAACGCAGCGCACAUCCAGGGAUGACAAGCGGAGGGCCCAACACAAUGAAGUGGAACGCAGACGCAGAGACAAGAUUAACAAUUGGAUUGUCCAGCUUUCCAAAACCAUCCCAGACUGCAAUAUAGACGCAGCCAAAAAUGGUCAAGUAAGUUUACAAAGUAAAGGUGGGAUCUUGUCCAAGGCAUGUGACUAUAUCCAAGAGCUACGUCAGAGCAGUACACGACUGGAAGAGGAGCUUAAUUCUUUGGCUAGACUGAGGAUGGACAAUCAGCUUCUUAAGCAAGAGGUUGAAGAGUGGAAAUCAAAAAACCAGAUGAUCAGAAACCAGUUAAGACAGCAUGGCAUCGUGGGGGCAACAAUGGACUCUUAGUGAUUCUCUGAACUGCAGAUCACAUUUGCAAUCACAUUUUUUCAAGAUUAAUCAUUCAGUAUGAUUCUGGACAUUCCCAGCCUCUUAUUUUAAGACAGACACUUAUUUAAAAGACUUGUAUGCCUCAGACAUAGGUGGUAAAUCAUGUCUAGUUCAUGGCCUUGGUUUCUCCUUCACCUGUUCAUUGUUUGAAUUCACACAUUGAUUGUUUUUAUUUUUUCAGGCUGAUCUGGUCAGCCUGAAUCAAACAAUGAUCAAUGAUCUGAUCAAACAAUUCUUCACAACUUUAGUUCAGUAAAAAUACUGAACUAAAGUUGUGAAGAAUUGUUUGAUCUGUACAUGUUUAGAUCCGUGUCCAAAGAAUGACUUUACUUUAGGACUGCUGUAGAAGCAUAUGGUGUAGCGGUCUGUUUCAAUUAUGACUUUCCUAAAAAAUAUAAGUUUACAGUUUAAUGAUCUUCAUUGGUUUCUGGUUUGAUAUCUGUGAUAAAAGCAUUUACUAAACAAUGAUUAGACGAUCACUGUUGUACAAGAAUUUGCGGUUAAAAAAUUACAGUGUCAGUAAAUUGUUUUUAAACAAAUCUUUUUUGCUUACUUUUUAAAUGAAAAAAGUUGGAUUUUAUUUUUACUGCUUAUUACUCAAAAUAUUCUAGUGAACCUGCACAUGUAUGGUUGAACCAUGAUGAUAUAUACUAGUAUUUUAGUUUCCCCCUUAUAAAUCUUAUAUAUGUAA